GGGGCUGUGGCAUCCACGUGCGCACCACAGCCCUGCUACGGAAGUUAUUCCUAUUGGUUGCACGCGACCUUUGGGUCACGUGAGGCUCCGCCCUCUGCGUAACUUAAGGACUGAGCGUGAAAGCGCUAAGUGUUACGUAGUUCGUGAGACCGCGAGAACGAACUACGAAGUAGGAGGAACCGCCAUUGACACAAGCGGAGAGUCCCGUUAACCUCACCCUCGAGCUCUUGACCCUUUUCAAGUUUGUUGUGGAAAACACCGUGGACAAGAGACAGCCAAAACAAACAUGUAUUCUGUUCAAGAGAAGUAUGGGAUGUACCAAAUUGGAGAAUGUGGUGCUGUUAGUACCCUUAAUCAAGGAAUGAAGAAAGAUUGGGAUUCAUCCCACGGUUAUUUAUGCCAGGAGAAUCUUCAUUAUGAACAUAAUGAGUACAAGCCUUCACCUUCAUACCACCAGGAGAAUAAUAGAAUCAUAGCAAUAGUGAAUACCCAACAGGACCUACAAUUAGAGUGCACUCCAUAUAGUAUGGAAUGCAAGAAGAGGAAAAAGAAAUGUAAUCGUGACAAAGUCCAUGGAGAAUUGUGCAGAUAUAAAAAACGCCCCAAUAGAGACAUGGGGGAGGAGAAACAGGAUGGAACUCUACCAUGCUGGAUCAAGGUCACAUUUCAUUACAUCAACAACGAGGCCCAGUUUUUUGUUCAAGAUGCUAUUACUGAAUCUGCACUGAAGGAGUGUCGUUUGCUGCCAGAGGAAAUGGAGCAGCUAAAGUUGACCUUGAACAAACGAUAUGAUGCCUACACAGAAUCCCUUGAUCUACAGAGAUUAUAUUAUGAUCCAGACUUGGUGGGCCAUGAUAUUGACAUGAUACUGAACCAAAGACACUGCAUGGCUGCCAUCCUGCAUAUCAUUGAAAAGCAAUUUCCUGAGCUGUUUUGUUUGAAUUUACGCAACAACAAACUGUAUCAGCUGGAUGACCUAUCUGACAUCAUAGGGAAGGCCCCAAAAAUCAAGAUCUUGAACCUUUCUGACAAUGAGCUUAAGAUGGCAUUGGAGUUACAGAAGUUGAAAGAGCUAAAGCUUGAAGAAUUGUGGCUGAAAGGAAACCCUUUGUGUAGCACAUUCAGUGACCAUGCUGCCUAUGUAAGUUUGAUUCUGGAUUGUUUCCCCAAUUUGUUGCGCCUGGAUGGCAGAGAGUUAUACCCUCGCGCUGUCACUGAAAUUGUGUUAAUGAAGCCCUGCAAGGACAGCUAUGAAGGACCUGAAUUACUGAAAAAUCUGAUCCUGCAUUUCCUGCAACAAUAUUACUUUAUUUAUGACUAUGGAGAUCGCCGUACUCUCAUUAGUGUUUACCAUGAGAAGGCCUGCUUCUCUCUGAGCACUGCCUUCCACUCCAUGGAUCCAGACCCGAGCGCCUUCUAUGGCUAUGUCAAGAACAACAGGAAUAUGAAGGAUAUCAAGGAUUCCUACCUGAGAAGGAAAUUGCUUAAGCACAGAAACCAUACCAUUGUGGAUGCCCUCAGUAUGUUGCCAAGAACUCAACAUGACUUUAACUCCUUCUCAAUAGACAUGUGGUUCCACACGGAUACGAUGAUCAGUUUUGCUGUUAAUGGAUUAUUCAGAGGAGAAAGUAAUUCUCAGAAUUUGAUGUUUGCCUUCACCCGGACUUUCAUCGUUAUCCCAAGCAUGAAUUCCAUGCUUUGUAUCCUGAAUGAUCAACUGUUUGUGAGGAACGUCAAUCCUGUCAAUGUCCAUACAGUCUUCACCAUCCCAGGAAGCAUUCCAUGCUCCAGUUGUACACCCACCGUUUCCCAGCUGCAGCAUGAAUUGGAGCAAGCUUUCUCCUCUCUGUCUGGGAUGAAAUUUGAGUGGUGCAGGAAGUGCCUUGAAGAGAAUGGAUGGAACUACACCAGAGCGGCACAGGUCUUCCUUAUCCUCCAGAUGCAGGGCAAGAUCCCAAAGGAGGCCUUCAAACAAAUCACAUAAAAGGAUCCCCUGGAUGUCCUCCAUGUCCCGAUCCAUGUCAUUGUUUUUAUUUUCCAAUAUAAGGCAAAGUUCACAACUCAGAUUGGAGACAUGGCUGUCUAUUGCAGAGUUCAUUGUAGAGAUGGUAACGUAACCACUUGAAAGGCCAAAUGUUUCCUUUCCCCACUCAGUAUUGCUGUUUAUGUUCCUAAUAAAGAGUGACAUUGCAUGCUGUA